AUGUCCGCCUACGACGUCAAGGGCAAGAAUGGCAUUGUAACUGGCGCAGGUUCUGGUAUUUGCCUUGCCUUCACCCAGCAGCUUCUUGAGAACGGGUGCUCCGUUGUGAUAGCUGAUCUCAAGCUCCGCCCCGAAGCAGAGGAGCUCAUCAACAAAUGGGCCACCACUGAGGGCGGCAAGCCCACUGUCCACUUUCACAAAACUGAUGUUAGUGACUGGGCUCAGCUCUCAUCUCUAUGGGACAUAGCGCUUGAGAAGCUUGGCCAGGUCGACAUCGUCUGCAACGGCGCUGGCAUUUAUGAACCCCCAUCAAGCACCUUCUGGAACCCUCCCGGAGUCUCUUCUCUAGCUGAGGAUAAGGCCGACGGUAAUCCGGGUGUUUACAACACCUUUGCCGUGAAUGCACUGGGUCCUAUCAGAUUGGCACAGAUUGCUAUGGACUACUGGCUGCAGAACCGUAACGUGCAAGGCAACCUCCUCUGGGUCGCCAGCUGUGGAGGAUACAUGCACUCCCUACAGACGCCCCUUUACUUCGCUAGCAAAGCGGCCAUCGUCAGUUUCGUCAAAUCGCUGUCGACGGUCCGAAAACGAUUCGGCAUUCGAAACGCAGCCGUCUGUCCAGGUGCCGUGCACACGCCCAUCUUUCAUCCAGAGUAUUGCCGUGACAGAAUGCCACCGACGACUUUGGGACUCACCGCAGAACAAUGCGCAAAUAUCAUGUUCCAGGUACUCACCGAAGAGAAAUACGGUGAUGGAAAUAUCGUUGAGACGGCUCUUAUCGGGAAUAGAGAGAGCAAUUCGGUCAAUGUGCGAGAGGUUCCUAUGGAAGCGCUAUAUCCUACUGUAGUCGCUGAAGGGUCACAUGAUGGUCUUUAUGAGGGAGAGGAGAAGUUGGCCAAGCAGCUUGCAGAGAAAGGAAUGAGAGAAUGA